AUAUGAUGCGUAAAGUGAAAAUGAGUCUGUUCGAAGAAUCACUCGGUUGCUUCAAUAUAUACUAUCGUCAACGUGACGCGCUUUUGAAGCGCGAGGAAGAAGGCGAACAGUCACGCAUAUUUUCGUACGAAUAUUCUGGCUCUAAAGAAGGUCGACGCCGUUUUUUGCUGACAACGAUAGAACGAUUUUGGCGAUGGUAUGAACAAUGCGAAAACGUUUCAUUCUAUGAGUUAAUACCAGACGGUUGUCCAGCGAGAUUAUAUUUCGAUUUAGAGUUUUACAGAGGAACAAAUCAAAACGUUGAUCAAACGCAGUUAGUCAACGAUUUCAGUGACUGCGUUAAAGAAACUCUGAACGAAGUGUUUCAGAUCGAAUUUGAUCCUGAUAAGAUGACCGUCGUAUUGGAUGCUUCCACGCAAACCAAAUUCAGUGAGCAUUUAAUUUUGCAUCUGCCAGGUGAAUGUUUAUUCCCAUCAAACGUCUCGAUGAAGAAAUCAUUCAUCGAUGUUCUCGAAAAGAAGAUGCUUUCCACAAAUCGUGGUAUUGUUUGGAAUAAAGAUGCCUCUAAAACAACUACGCUUUUCGAUGCUGGUGUUUAUACAACGAAUCGCAAUUUCCGGUUGUAUUUAUCAACAAAAAUAGGUAAGAACAAUCCACUGGUUCUGUCGGAUCGUUGUCAUUUUUACGCAAAUCCAUCAGCGAUCUCCAAGAAACGAAUAUUCCUCGAUUCUCUCAUCGUUCCUGCUCGUUACUCCCAAUCUCCAAAUGUUCUGCAGACAAUAUCUGAGACCACACAAUAUUCGGGUAUCGUCCCGCAACCGCCAGUUGUUUUACAUAUUCCAGGUAUUUAUUCGAGCCAUUCCAUUAAUGUCUUGCCGUUCAGCUUUAGCGAGUCGUCGAACGCAACAAAUAAUUACAUUGACUAUAUGAGUGGAUACGGUUUAACGUCACCUUAUCCAAUGCUUGAAGAUUAUAUUGUCACCAUUAAUCGGUCAUUCAUUGUCAUGUUCUCAUCCCAUUUUAUCACGUUAUCCGGCUGUCGUUAUUGUUACAAUGUUGGUCGUGAACAUCGACGUAAUCACGUUUAUUGGACAGUUGACUUGGUGCGAAUGCACUGCUUUCAAAAGUGUUUUGAUAUUGACUGUCGCGGUACGCAGUCCAACUACUUUCCAUUACCGCCUCUCAUACGUCAGUCUAUUUCUCCAUCAACACAAGGUUAUCCUCACAUCUUUGCCAUCGUUCGUUCACCUCGCUUGUUAAAUUAA